AGUUUUUAUUUCAGAAUUUCUCGGCCCAUUUUUUUUUUAGGUUGUUUAUUAAUUUAACUUUUUUAUAUUUACUUGUAAAGUUCUAAAUUAACAAUGGAUAUGGGAAGUGGAUAUACCCCACCAUUUUUACUGGUAGCCCCCAGAAAAAUUCGAGUGAACUACGACACUCCCACUAGAUUAUGCAAUAUUCUGGGUGUGGGCAGACAACUGGCACAGGCCAUUGUUUUGAUACGGGAAAAUACGGGAAAUUUGUUACCAGAUACUUUAGAGGCAAUUAUAGGGCGGCCGCUGACCUUUGGUGACAUGACCGAGUUGGAUUUUAGUACUAACCCCGCAUUAUUUAGAGAAGCCCUGGGGUAUGGGGAUGGGGCGGAACAUGUUGGGGAGGGUGGAAUGGGGCGGUCAAUCGCAAAUAGGCCCAUCGACCCACACGAAAGGUGGAUAGAUAUGUCUGUGCUUGAGAAGGACUCGGUAAGUCAGGAUCGCGAGAGGGCCCAACUCGAAGCCCAAAUUUCGGCUCUUGAGGCGGACGUAGCUCAAUGGGACGAUUUUCUUCCCCAGAUUGCAAAGCCUUUGCUCCCAAAGCGUCUGUUGUUACAGCCGGACAAUAUGAUGACAAGCAUACCGAAACCGUUUAAUGUCGCAUCAAGCGUCCCCGCCCCGCCCCCUUUGUUAGGUUUGCCCCAGAGUAGGGACAAUGGGCCUACGGGAUCCCAUCGUGCCUCAAAGGGCCCUCGUGCCCCGAAUGGUCUACCUGUCCCAAUUCCGUCUACCAUCACUAUUCCCAUACCCAGCAAUGCACCGGUUUUCAAUUAUUUGCCCGGACCAAGCAACCCUCCUGGCCCAAGUAUUCCCCCGACACAGAAAGAUCGGGAUGUUCUGACAAAAUUGCCUAAGAGCCUGCUAUAUGAUGGGCAGAGCAAUUGGUUUGUUUUUCAGAGCAAGUUUGAGCGCUACGCAAGGGUGCAAGAUUGGUCUGACGCAGAAUGCGCCGAUUGCCUUGGUUGGUGUUUGACAGGAAAGGCGGUCAAUUUCUAUGCGUUGCUUUCCGAAGGGAGAGGGACGGUGCCUUACGCAGAGCUAAUGCAGCGACUGCAGGAGCGUUUUGGCGCCAGGGAGCUUACCGCCACCGCGCAGGGCCGUUUCCACGUUUCCCAUCAGGAAUUAGGCGAGUCCCUAGACAAUUGGUCAGAUCGGGCGCUGAAGCUGGCAACAGCGGCGUUUCGUGAUCUGCCCUAUGCAUACGCCGCUGAACAGGCAGUGACGAAGUUUUGUCACGGUUUGAUUGACGAGGAGGCCGGCAAGCAUGUUAGUCUGCAGUUACCAACAUCUAUGGGAGAUGCGAUAAACAUGCUGAAGAUAUAUAGCCAUGUUCAGUCGGCUUGCGCCGCGGCUCCGAGGUAUACCCAGGCGACUGAGCAAGAAGAGUCAAGGUGGGUUCAAGAGGUGAAGAAAGCACCCACUGCGGAUGAGGUCAGUGUGUCGGCGGUCGACAAAUUGACCCAGGUGGUCGAGAAGUUGCUUGAUGCUGUGGAGAGAUUGUCAAACUCUUUUGGAAGUUCGGCCGUUGAUCCCUUUGUCCGACAACCGGGUAAGCCGUUUCGAAAUAAAAAAGGCUAUGCCGAAUACCCUGUGGAGUGCCCCUACCCAGGGAAGGUCCGGAACCGGUGGUACGACGACCAACGCCAGGUUAUGUAUCCUGCGGGUGCGGGUGGCGGAGGUGCACGUGGGCAUCGGAACCAAAGUUCAAAAGUCCGCCCUGAGGGAUCGUAUCGCGGCAGAUAUGGUUCCAACUGGGGACAUUUUCAUGCCAUGUCCUUGCCCAACCAUAAGGAGAAGGAGCCCGUUGUGGUAGCUGCGACGACUAAGCAGUUGGGCCAACCGGAAGUGGAUCAUGUAAACCAGCUAGGUCCGGUUUCCCAGUUCUGCAUGAAGGUGCAGCAUGCCAAGGACGUGCACGAUGCAGUUCCCUUGGUGCUGCCAACAGUGCCAGAUGUCGUCAGUGAUCCAAGGAUGGUCAUUGGCGAGAGCACUGAAGGAGACCAUGGAGAUCCUGUGUGCGAUGAUGAAUUUCGCGUGCAGCGCGUUGCGGUUCAGUCUGCGGAGGCGGCUAAAAGCAUGGCGACCGACAGGGCCGACCAGGUGGGGGCCAAAAUAGCCCAACGAAAAGCUGCUGAAACUACUCCGGCCACCGGAAGGUCAGUACCUGUCAGACGGGCGACAGAAGUUGCCGCGUGUGACCGCCGUGGGGGCGGCGCAUGCGGAUGCCGAGUUACCCCAGAUGACAGCUGGGAAGGUGGUUUUCGAAGACUUGUUAGGCGUGGUUCCAAAGGGUGGCGACCCUCUAGUUCUCGCCGCUGGGAGCGGUCCCAGCGGUGGAAAUUAGGUUGGCGACCACCAGAGCGUCUAACUUCCAAAAUCUGUACCGCCUAAAAUUGUAAAUGGCGAGGUUAAUUGUUAGUAAAACUAGGAAAACAAUGCAAAAUACAAAAGACCCCCAAUUUUAAAAAAUACAGUAAAGUUGCAGUCACAUUCUAUUCGCGGUGUUGAUAACGUAUUACGGUGUACGCGGAGUAUCUCUAGUAGUAACACUAAAAGCAGCAGAAGUAGUAGUAGUAGUAGUAGUAGUAGUAGUAGUAGUAGUAGUGGUAGUAGUAGUAGUGGUAGUAGUAGUAGUAGUAGUAGUAGUAGUGGUAGUAGUAGUAGUAGCAGAAGUAGUAGUAGUAGUAGUAGUAGUAGUAGUAAAAGUUGUUGUUAUGAAUAUUACAUGAAGUACCCGGUGUAUAAAAGUAAUAGUUCUCUUAAACAUUUUGAUUAGUUUGAUUAGAUUGUUUUGAAUAUAUAUGUCCUAUUGUCUCAGUUUAAGCCCAGUCUUUUAUUGCAAUAUUGUUGAAAUUAAUCUGAGCAGUGCUCUGCGAAAUGGGGGUUUAAUGAAUAGGCAUAAAGUGUCGUCCCAAAUUAUCUUGUGCAGUCCGCGCUUAACUUCCUGUAAUUUUUGUAUUACCGCGCUAAGAAGUGCUUUUCACAGUCACGGAUGUGUUUGAUUAUUUCCCGUGAAGUCUGUUGUUUUUUCCUUAUGGUCAGGUGUGACAUUGUCGGACGACCACUGUCACACCGCACCAUCGGAUGUGGUAACUACGCAGAUGGUGAAUAGGAACCCGGUUUCCCCUGCAAUAUCCAAGUCUUGGCACCUCCGUCACCUUUUUUCCUUCCAUGUUAAGAUUUGUGAGUCGAUCUAACUUCAAUCACUUCGUCAUUGCUGUAUCAUGUCAUUUAUUUCCGUAAUUUUCUAUAAAUGAAUUUAUUUUGUACCAACCAUAUACCGAGCAAUGUCGUAGAAUUUUGUCGAAUGAGUUUGUUUUUUAUAGGUGACAGUGCUUGACGACCACUGUCACACUCAAUACUGUUGGCCGGAAGUGGUAUUUCCCGGAGUUGUUCUUUUAAACAAUAUUUGCACGUCUUUUUAAAUUUGUGUGUGACCGUGCUUGACGGCAACUGUCUCGUAGCGUCAUUUUAAUUUUUUGAUUUGCCGGAGUUGUUUCCCGGUGCAUGUACACUUUUAUUUUGUUUUUAUUUUUGUAAAGUACAUUAUUUCUCAGUGUGAUCACCACAUUCUAAUACAUAAGUGACUGUACUUGUUGGACGAAAGCCAACAAGAAUGUUUUUUUCUUGAUUAAGCAAUUGUCGGACGAUAGCCGACAAUACUGUUUUUUUUAAUUAACUAAUGUGAUGGAAAUUUUCUUAUGCAAGAAACAUAUUGGUCACUAACCGCUAGAAUGCAGCGGUCUGUAUGUACCCCCGCUAUGCGCUGGCACUCCUGUGCCUGCGGGAGGGGGAUCAUGGUCCCAUUUGAGUCUCUGUCUCUUCUGCCUUGGGUGCGACCGUAUGGCGGCGGCCCAAGAGGACAAAAGUGGGAGGAAUGUAGUGGGUACAAUAGUUUUAUUUUAAUUGUCUUUUCCUCCAUAUAAUGUCAAUGAUUAUGUUGCAAAAUACGUUCUCUGUAUAAAAUUAAAAGAAAAUACGUUCUCUGUAUAAAAUUAAAAGCAAUUAUAUGUAUUAUUUGGACAAAAAUAUGAUUAUUUUUAUUCUUAUAUUUUUAACCUUUUUGUCACUGAGAUAUUAUUUAAACGCAUUUGUAGUGCCUUAGAAGGUUACGUUUCUUGUGAUUUUUAUUUUAAUAUAACCAAGCGGAUUUUUAUUGUAUAUUAUGCAGUCACAUGCAGAGGGCGUAGGCCUUCUCAUUUGGGCUGCGAGGGUAUGUAUUUGUAUGAUAUUUUAUGAUUUUAUUGGAUAAGUUAUUUUAUUUCUUAAAAUUUGUGAAAAUAGGUUGGAAGGUGGGUACACUUGUCCAAUUAUUGUGCAGACAAGAAAAGGAGCAAGAGUUACCGGACCUUAUUGUGAACUUUUAUUUUUAACUCUUUAUUAACAAAGAUUAUGGCUCAUAUGCGUUCAUAUUUGUGCGAAGGUUCUAAACACAAAUGGUCAUUUAAUGGAGAUGCAUUAACUUUAGUUGUGGUCUAUGGCAGGCGUUGCGCCAAGAGAGAGGCCGGCAUGCAGACCUAACUUUGAGGUGUUAGGUCAAGGUGCUUACGAAAGGGGCACUAUUACUUCAUCGGUUGCGCCGGUAUGAUUCCUUCGCUGUGUGGCGUCGUCCCAAAAGGAGAAAAGUGGGAGGAGUGUUGUGCCGGUGCCCGGUCUACAAAAUGCGCACAUACCUCGUGAUUGGGAACCAGCGACAAAUCGGUAUAGUGCAUGCUGGGCAGCACGAGAUAGUACGCUCUCUUGUGCACGGGUGAUUGAUGCGAGUGGACGUCUUUUCCCAAGUUGAGUAUUGCUUGGAGUAAUUGUGAGCCUGAGUGAGUAAUUGUGAGCCUGAGUAUAGGUUAUAUUGUAGUAUAUUGUAUUAUAUUGUAUUUUAUGUGUGUUCAACACGUAUUUCCCUGGAAGGCCAUUCCCAGAAGAUAUAAGUGAGACUGUGACUGUGUAUGUGAGUCUGUGAGUUGCCUGUGAUUGUGUAAAUGACAGGCAUUUCCCUGGAGGUGUAUUCCCAGAAGUAUAUGUGUAUGUAAGCCGGUGACUGUGUGUUUAAGUACGUAUUUGCCUGGAGGUGUAUUCCCAGAAGUACAUGUAUAGUGCCAUUUUGUGACGUGCAACCGACGAGUAUAGCCGACGAGUUCCCUCGAAGACGACGAGGACGAUUGGUGCCAUCCUGACGAGCAUUCCAGUCGAUGCCAACGAGACAGAGAGAAGUAAGGACAUGUUUAUGGACAUGCUGGCCUCACCCUAUUCCCAGUAUGCAGAGUAAAUCAGCACCACAGCCAGCAAGGAUGGAUUUCCUCUCAGGAACAAUUUUCUCCCACCAAUACUGUACAUUCAAGCAGACAACUGUUGGCGAGAAAACAAAAACCGAUAUGUGUUUUCAUUUCUACAAUCGCUGGUUGCAGAAAGGAUUUUCAAUGAGGGACUCCAACAUCAGCCCUGGACUCUACAUGAUGGACAUUUCCUACAAAAAGUUCCUGAAGGAGUACCAGAAAUUGUGGCUUCUGAUUCUUCGAAGAUCGAAAUAGAUUUUUUUCUUCAAAAUAUCGAUGCCAUAAGGCUGCUUCUCAAGCAAGAAAACUACAAAAAAUGCAAAGAUUUUUAUGAAACAGUAAUGGUAAACGAAGAUGCUAGUGAAUUUCCCCUUCCGCUUCUACCUAAGCAGCCGAUUGAGACCACAAUUCCAAAAGGUGCUGGCUUAGUACCAGAAGUAAGAGAACUUCUGGAAAAAGAAAAUCGUCUGCCAUUCGUGCAGCUAAAAAGUCGCCAUGCAGCAGAAGAAGGUUUGGGACCAAGGAUAUCUAAGAAACAAAAAGUUGAUACAAAUGCAGGAAGACACGACCAGGGCAAGAAAAAGACAUCUCAUUCAAGGCGACGACAUUCAGAUGUGACUGUUCAAAAGACAAUCGUAGUGCUGGUGCAUGAUGGCAGCAAAAAGCACAUUUGGUUUAAAAUUUGGAUGGAUAUGUUCAACUGUUUUGUUAAUAUUAUUGCUUUUGUAUUGUAUGUUUUUUUGUCUGCUUGAAGGGUUUUUAGAACUGCUAUUGAUGUUUUUGAAAUCGCUGUUAAGAUUGUUCUUAGAAGAACACAUGGGGUUGACAUAACCACGGGUUCUUUUGGUGUACUGAAGAUUUUAUUUUUGUUGGACAUAGUCUUGUUUAAAGACAUUUUUUUAUGAAAGUUUUUGGAAACUGAUAAUUUUUUAUGUACAAUAAAAAAAAACUCUUGGGUGUGUUAUGAUAUAUGGUUAUAGAAUAUUUUACUUUAAAACAAAAUCACAUGUGAUCUAAGCAUAUGUAUAUAUUGGUGUACUUAUAACAAUAACUAUUUUUAUGCCCCCAGGUAGGGUGGCAUAAAGCAGUUGCAUUGUCUGUCCUUCUUUCCAUCUGUCUCUCUAUCAUAUUGUUUUCAAGAGGAAUUUUUAGGCAGCACUUAAGAUAUUAAGUUGAUUUUGGUGAGUCCACCAGAAUGAUCUUCGGAUGAACUGUACAAUUGUUCCAAACUGAUGAUUUUUAGGAAGAUACUGGCCUGUGACUUAUAUUAAGGGAUGUAAUACGCUUUAAAGGGUGAUAAUUUUUAUAUGUCAUUUGACAGGUACAGGUUAUAUUUUACAAGGAAAGUUAUCUUUCCAUUUUCUGGAUGUUUCUAUGAAAAUUCAAUGAUAUUGCUUUUAAGGCAACGUAUUGGGUCUUGGAUUUAGAAAUGUGUUUUUUUACGCAAAGCUUUCAUGUAUUGUGCUGAUUAUUGGUAUGGGAGUCUACCCAUAUGACUUACAUAUGAAGUGUGAAUUGCGUUCCUGUUCAUUUAUUUUUGGAAAUGUUAUGGACCUAAAAAGUACCUGUAUUAUGACCUUUUUAUACGCUCAUUUUAAAAAAAAUGGGAUGUAUUAAAGUUUCCCCUUGGCGGCGGGCAGUGUCCACAGCAGUUUCCACCCUCUAAUUCAAAUAGUUUUUAUCCGAUCUUCACCAAACUUGGUCAGAAGUUGUUUCUAGACAAUAUGUAGGUCAAGUUCGAAUAUGGGUCAUGCUGGGUCAAAAACAAGGUCACAGGGUCACUUAGUGCAUUUCAAGCAUUGCGCAUGGUGUCCGUUCUCUAAUUGAAGUAGUUUUCAUCCGAUCUUCACCAAACUUAGUCAGAAGUUGUUUCUAGACAAUAUUUAGGUCAAGUUCAAAUAUGGGUCAUGCCGGUUUAAAAACUAGGUCACAGGGUCACUUAAACCAUUUCAAACAUUUAGGAUGGUUUCCGCUUUCUAAUUAAAGUAGUUUUCAUCCGAUCUUCACCAAAUUUAAUUAGAAGUUGUGUCUAGACAAUAUCUACAUGUAGGUCAAGUUCAAAUAUGGGUCAUGCUAGGUUAAAAACUAGGUCACAAGGUCACUUAGUGCAUUUCAAGCAUUGCGCAUGGUGUCCACUCUCUAAUUGAAGUAGUUUUCAUCAGAUCUUCACCAACUUUGGUCAGAAGUUGUGUCUAGAUAAUAUGUAGGUCAAGUUCAAAUAUGGGUCAUGGUAAAGUUAUCAAGUUGUCCAAAGCCUUAAAAUAGGCGUAUCUUGUGACAGUUUUGAACUCUUGUUCCGGAGUUAAUUUACGCAAAGUUUCAGAUAUUGAGAUGGUUAUUAGCAUUUGAGUCUACCUACAUGACUUGCAGUUGAAGUGUGGGCUUUGUUUAGGUCCAUUAAAAGUUUGGCUUACUUAUGGGAUUCGAUUUCUCUAAAUAGCAGCAGUAGGACUUCACAGCCCAAUAGGGGCAUUGUGUUUCACUAAUACAGCUCUUGUUAUUGAUAAUUAUUAUCUUUUUGGCUUUGUCAGGUUGUGAACAUGCAUGAUUCUUGUCAAAUUAUAUUCUUGAAGAACAAGACUCUUUGUAAAAUAGAGUUGGUUGUAUACAUUUGUAGAACUGGCGUUCUUUCCCCCCAUCAUAUUAUUCAAAGCCUUUACUGAAAGCUACACUAUGUACAAGUGAGUUUUUCCAUUUCAAUGUUCAUGUGUGUUCUUUAAUUUAAAUGCCUAAUAUGGAUUUGAAAUGAUAAAAAUAAACGGCUCUUUACUACUUUUACUAAAAAGCUGUAGUAUUGCAUUCAUUGUGUACAUAUUAUUAAUCUUCGUAAUUUUAAAUGGUACAUAUCACAGUUGAUUCUAAAUAUUUUGUUUUGGAUUUAGAUUCGCAAGUUGUGAUCAUAUGUUUGUGUUAAGUGAAUUCAACAUAAAAUAUCGUCCUAAUUGGAAACGAAAUGAUUGUUAUUAAUCAUGGUUAAAUCAUUAUAUUAAUCCUUUCGCAUUGUUUGAAAUAUGUUACAUUUAGUACAAACUGAUCAUUUGUAUACAUUAUUAAUUUAUAAUGAGUUAUUUUGUACUAACCACAUUCGUAUUUAUUUAAGUACUGGUAUCAUAGGUAUUAAUUGUCCCCUACCGGUUUCACCGGAGGGGACUUAUGGUUUGCGCUCUGUGUGUCUGUCUGUCUGUCUGUCUGUCUGUCUGUGAGUCUGUCAGUCACACUUCUGGAUCCUGCGAUAACUUUAAAAGUUCUUAAUAUUUUUUUCAUGAAACUUGAAACAUGGAUAGACGGCAAUAUGGGCAUUAUGCACGUCAUUUCAUUUUGUUCCUACGUCAAAAAUUGUGGUUGCUAUGGCAACCAAAAAAAAAAUAUUCUGAAAAUGGUGGAAUUUCUGACAAAUUUUGGAGCAGGUAGGGGACCAUAAUGCUUGACAAUAGCCUUGUUUUGUAUAUAUUACUACUACUGCGAGGUUUAUCAUUUUCUAGUUUUGCAGAUCAAGAUUUUAUUUAGCUGUACAGAAAUAUUUGUUUUGAAAUGUUAAUACUUUGAUCAUCCUGUGACCAACUGAUAUUGUUUCAUGUUGAUAUUAACAUUUUUAGCUCAUCUAAUUUUUGAAAAAAAAAAAGAGCUAUAAAUGUCAUCACCUUGGCUUCGGCGUCAGCGUCGGCGUCCGGUUAAGUUUUGCUAUUGCAUUCAAACUUGGUACACUUACUUACUAUCAUGAGGGGACUGGGCAGGCAAAGUUAGAUAACUCUGGCGUGCAUUUUGACAGAAUUAUGUGCCCUUUUUAUACUUAGAAAAUUGAAAAAUUUGGUUAAGUUUUGUGUUUAGGUCCAUUUUAUUCCUUAAGUUUCAAAGCUAUUGCUUUCAUACUUGCAACACUUACUAACUAUCAUAUGGGGACUGUGCAGGCAAAGUUAUGUAACUCUGACUAGCAUUUUGACAGAAUUAUGUGCCCUUUUUAUACUUAGAAAAUUGAAAAUUUGGUUAAGUUUUGUGUUUAGGUCCACUUUAUUCCUACAGUAUCAAAGCUAUUGCUUUCAUACUUGCAACACUUACUAACUAUCAAAAGGGGACUGUGCAGGCAAAGUUAUGUAACUCUGACUGGCAUUUGGAAGGAAUUAUGGGCCCUUUAUACUUAGAAAAUUGAAAAUUUGGUUAAGUUUUGUGUUUUGGUCCACUUUACCCCUAAAGUAUCAUAGCUAUUACUUUCAUACUUGGAACACUCACAGACUAUCAUAGGGGGACAGUAAAAGGACAAGUUGCAUAACUCUGGUUGUCAUUUUUAGGGAAUUAUGGCCCUUUUUUGACUUAGUAACUUUGAAUACAUGGUUAAAUGUUGUGUUUCAAUCCACUUUACUUCUAAACUAUCAAGGCUAUUGCUUUCAAACUUCAAAUACUUUCAUGCUAUCAUGAGGUUACUGUACCUGGCAAGUUGAAUUUUACCUUGACCUUUGAAUGACCUUGACUCUCAAGGUAAAAUUAUUAAAUUUUGCUAAAAUUGCCAUAACUUCUUUAUUUAUGAUUAGAUUUGAUUGAUACUUUGACAAAACUACUCUUACCUGACAUACCACAAUAGACUCCACCCAAACCAUUCCCCGUGCCCUCCCCCCCACCCAU